AUGCUCCUGGGGAUCCUCGUGGUGCUCUUCUUCAUCCCCACUGCUGAUGUAACAGAAAACAAGAUUUUAGUGGCUCAGCAUCCUUUGCUCGUUGUAAGUAACCAAACUGCAACUCUAGUUUGCAACUACACAUACAAUGGGACAGGGAAGGAAUUUCGAGCUUCGCUACACAAAGGAACGGACAGUUCAGUUGAAGUUUGCUUUAUUUCAUGGAACGUAACCAAUAUUAGGAGCAAUUCGACUAAAGAAUUCAACUGCCAGGGGGAUCAUGAUAAAGACAAAGUCAUCUUCAAUCUUUGGAACAUGAAUGCCAACCAAACUGACAUCUACUUCUGCAAAAUUGAGGUCAUGUAUCCACCCCCAUACGUCUACAAUGAGAAGAGCAAUGGGACUGUCAUUCAUGUGAAAGAGACACCCAUCCAAAUACAAGAGCCUCAGUCUACAAUUCCUUUGUGGAUUCUGGCAACAGUGACUGGAAUUCUUGCACUCUACAGUAUGCUAAUAACAGCAGGUUUUUUUAACUAUUGGCAGAAAUCCAAGAAGCGUCUGUACCACCAGAGUGACUACAUGAACAUGACUCCCCGGCACCCUCCGUACAAGAACAAGGGUUACCCAUCCUAUGCACCAACGCGGGACUACACCGCCUAUCGCUCCUGGCAGCCCUGAUCCCACAGGAGCCUCGUGUGCUUCCAGGCAGACACGUGCUCUGGGGCAUGGAAGGAAGGACAGCCUCUCACCUUCUCAUCCUCUUUGUUGCUGUUGAUUACAGACACCUACACCUAGCAAGUGUUAACUAAACUUUGAUCAUUAAAAGAAAAUCCAGACCAACAAGCCAAUAUAAAAAGGGGGGGCGGAAAGGGGGAAGUAAAAAAAAGAAUUUUUCUCCAUGAUGGCUGAAAAUGAGG